AAUAUAAACAUAUUAUGUAUUUUUAAUAAUUUAAUAUUUCGUUUUAGUUUUUUUUUUAGUUUUGCUUGUUCAUCAUGUUUAUUUUUUAAUUUGUUUAACCUCUUUCUAACAGGGGGUUGGUUGAAUAGCAAUGACUAAUUAAGAAAUUAUCACUGCUAGUAAAUAAGGCGUAGAAUAGUUUUCUUUUCAAAUGCCAAAGUAAACAUUCUUUCUUAUUUUGUACAAUAAAUAACAUUUAUUUUUUGACACAUAAAAAAUUUUCUUGGAGGGUGUUCAAUAUCGUUGCUUAUUAUCUAAUGAAAUCGAUUAAUAAAUGCUUGUGCGAGUUCAAUUAAAUAUUGCAAACUGCAGCAAACAAAUUAAGGUUUUUACAAUAUCAACUAUAAAUCAACUAAAUUUCAGUCAUAUUUAUAACAUAUUUAUAUGCAACGGAAACUACUACAUGAUUUGUUUAUCAAAUGUUUGUUUUUAAAGGGCUUAUCUUAUUUAUUUUGUUAAAAAGAUAAUUGUGUGUAGAAUAUAACUUUUAUUUCACAUGUCUGAAGAAAAGAUUAGUGGUAUUCAUUCUUUACGACCAAAAACUACGCUUCACGCUUCCUAGCCUAAAAACUCGUUGGCAUAUUUGCUACUCUUGGAAAUAUGCCACUUUUGCUUAAAUCAAUUAGCUCCAAUAUAAUAAACUCAGCUAUCUGCUUCAGCUGAGUGAAGUUGCGAGAAGUUUGCAAUAAUAACGAGUAGCUGCAGUUGAAGUUUAGAACAGAGAGCAACAUUAGUUUAAAAGAAGACGCCGCGAGCUUAAGACGUACGACGGAGCCCGUAUUCAUUUUUUUAUUACAAUAAUUUUAUUUGAACUCAAUUUUUCCAUAAACUAAACUAUUUAAUAUUAUAACUGUAUUUUAUAACAUACAUAUGUAUAUUUGAAAUAAAAAUUUAUAAAAUACCAUAAAUUUGGGGACUCAACACGGAUUGUUUGUCGUGAGUGUUUAAAUCCGGGAAAAAUAAGCAAACGAACGAACAGAAAAUUUACGAACCAAACGCGUACGCGUCGAGGAAAGUUAGGAAAAAAGAAAAAAGGAGAACAUUUGUAACGGUCGAACUGAACGAGAUGAAUAUGUACGCAUUGGGCGAUUUUGUUACCAUAAGGAAAAACUUGUCAACGGCUAAACGUGCUGUUGUUGUAGCCUUACACAAACUAGUAUUUGAGAAUGAGGGUGAUCGUCAGAAUAGAGAGAGGUUGAGAGAAUUCGUUGGUUUUGACUUCACCGAAGAAGACGAAAAGUUUCUAGAGAAAACAAAAUACGUUAAGCAGAAUUUGAGUACCGCUGAUUUGGUGUCGAUUUGCAACAUUUUGUCUUUGGACUACGACGUCGACGACUUGUUUUUGCACAUAUUUAUCAACAUGCGAAAAGGAAAUUUAUUAAAUUCGAACGACGUAGAUGAGAGAGACGAUGGUGAAGAUGAAAUAAGUAAUGAAGCUAAUGUUGACGACGACGACGACGACGGCGAGCAUACAAUGGUAAACAUGCGCAACGACGUGGACGAUAAUGCUGAAAGCGACGAUGCUGUUGUUGUUGAAGAUGAAAGGAAAAUGUCAAAGCAGACGAAAAAUUUUAAUGACGGCGGCAGUGUUGGUGAUAAAAAUAACGAAUUAUUAGAAACAAAACCAUGCAUGAGAAAAUACGUUAAUGAGAACAAAAGUAACGAGAAGGAACAGAAUAAGACGUAUGCAGUGGAACAGUAUAACAUGUCAUCUUUUAAUACGCCAAGAUUUUCGAUUAAUUUUCGUGAUAUUGAAGAUUCAAUAAGACCACUUGAUGGAAGUGGCACUAUUCCCAUUGAUGGUUGGAUAAAUGAUUUUGAGGAAACUUCGGCUGUAAUGUAUUGGGAUGAAUUUCAGAAAUAUAUUUUUGCUAAAAAAUCCCUUAGGGGAUUGGCUAAAUUAUUUAUUGCCAGUGAAAGAGGCAUAACAACGUGGAUUAAGUUGAAGCAAGCAUUAAUUGAUGAAUAUAAAACUACAGCCAACAGUGCCCAGCUACAUAAAAUGUUAACUGAACGGAAAAUGAACAAGGAUGAGACUAUUCACGAAUAUUUUUUGAAGAUGAAGGAAAUGGCUUCGCGCGGAAACAUAGAGGAAAGUGCUUUGAUACAGUACGUUAUUGAUGGCAUAAAAGAUUUGACAAUUAAUAAGACCAUAUUAUACGGUGCAUGCAAUUUGAAGGAGUUUAAGGAGAAACUUAAAUGUUAUGAGACGAUGCAGGAAAGAUCUUCUAAAAAAGUUGAUACUAGAACAACUAACAACAAUAAAACUUCUGCUAAAAAUGAGAAGGCUAUACUUUGCUACAACUGUGGUGAAAAGGGCCAUACAUCAAGAAAUUGCAAGGAUAAAGAGAAAGGUAUAAAGUGCUUCAGCUGUAACAAAUUUGGCCACAUAUCGAGAGAAUGUCCAGUUAGAGUAGACAAGGCAAAUGUCAGGCAAUUGGCUGUUGAAAAUAUUAUGAUGGUGAAUGUUAAACUAUCGGAUAGAAUGUGGAUGGCUUUAUUUGAUACUGGCAGCAAAUUUAAUGUUGUAACUGAGAAAGUGUACAAUUCUUUGAAUAAACCUGAACUUUUUAAAUCAGAUUUUUAUCUGAUUGGUUUUGGUAAUACUACGAACGAUAGGAAAAUUAAACCAAUUGGAAAUUUUAAAACCAAGGUUGAAGUCUAUGGUGAGGAGUAUGUUUUGACUUUCCAUGUAGUUCCAUUUGCCUGUAUUGAUGUCGAAAUUAUAUUAGGAAACGAAUUUUGUUCAUUUGCUGAAAUUGGAAUUUCACCUGAUGGCCUGAAGAUAAAGAAGAUUAAGGACGAAAUAGCUGAAGAGGUGCAUAGUAUCAUGGUGAUGGAUGUCUGUGCUGAUGAUAAUGUAAAUACUCUUAAUAUUGGUGAGACCAGUAGUGAAAAUGCUAAGCGCGAGGUAAUCGAAAUGAUACAUAACUAUAAGCCAGGCAAAUGCAAGACAACUAACAUUGAAAUGCGUAUAAUUCUGAAGGACGAGAAACCAAUUUUUUGUAAUCCCAGACGACUACCAAUAAGGGAAAGAUACAUUGUUGACAGCCAGAUUGAACAGUGGCUGGACGAGGGAAUUAUUGAACCUUCAGAAUCGGAAUUUUGCAGUCCAAUAGUUUUGACCAAGAAAAAAGAUUCUACUCCAAGACUGUGUAUUGAUUUUAGAAGAAUUAAUAAAGUUAUCGUCAAGGACCGUUAUCCUCUACCCCUUAUUGAAGACCAACUUGAUCGCUUGCAGAAUGCAUAUAUUUUUAGUACAAUUGACCUACGAAACGGCUUCUUUCAUGUUCCUGUAAACGAAGAAAGCCGAAAGUACACAUCGUUUGUUACGCAUAAUGGUCAAUAUCAGUUUAAAAAGGUUCCAUUUGGUCUAUCGAACUCUCCGGGUGUGUUCCAGCGCCACGUCAAUGCCAUAUUUCGCGAUUUGACUCGUGAGGGGAUAGCUUUACCAUACAUCGAUGACAUCAUCAUUCCUGCAAAAGACGAAGAAGAAGCACUACUCAAUUUAAAACGUGUAUUAGAUAUCAGCAAAGAUUACGGCUUGGAUAUUAAUAUUAAAAAAUGCAACUUUUUGAUGAAGAAAAUUCAAUUUCUUGGUCAUGUUAUUGAAAAUCAACAUGUAUCGCCAUCAGUUGAAAAGACAAUCGCAAUGGUCAAUUAUCCAGCACCUAUGAAUGUUAAACAGUUGGAAAGAUUUCUUGGCCUAGCCGGCUAUUUUAGGAAAUUUAUUCCUAAUUUCUCGAUUAUAGCCAAACCACUUACCGAUCUUAAAAAGCAGAAUGCUAAGUUUGUAUUUGGACACGAACAGAUGACAUCGUUUAAUACUUUAAAGAAUGUGUUGAGUAAUGGUCCAGUACUGAGUAUAUUUAAUCAAAAUUAUGAGACUGAGGUGCAUACUGACGCAUCCAUCGACGGAUAUGGCGCAGUACUGCUACAAAAAUCUCCAGAUGACAACCUUUUACAUCCAGUAUACUAUAUGAGCAAAAAGACAACCGAACAGGAAAGGAAAUAUACGAGUUACGAGUUGGAGGUGUUAGCGGUCAUAGAGGCAUUGAAGAAAUUUAGAGUGUAUCUGAUUGGUUUGAAGUUCAGAUUGGUGACUGACUGUAAUGCUUUCACUAAAACGUUGGACAAAAAGGAUUUGUGUACAAGGGUUGCUAGAUGGAUACUAUUCUUACAAGAAUACGAUUAUAUCGUGGAACAUCGGCCAGGCUCUCAAAUGCGGCAUGUAGACGCCUUAAGCCGACACCCAAUCAUGAUCAUUGCAGAAGAUAGUUUGAUUUCGAAGAUUAUACGUUUGCAAAAUCAGGACGAGGAUCUUAAAAUCAUCAGGGAGAUACUAAAGAACAAGCCAUCAUAUAAUGAGUAUUUUUUGAAAGGAGAUGUCUUAUAUAAAAUGUCGGAUGAUUACGAAUUACUGGUGAUUCCAAAAGGUAUGUACGCCGAAAUUAUAAAAACAGCACAUGAAAAAGGCCACUUUUCCAUCAAGAAAACAAAAGAGCUGAUAUACAAGGAAUAUUUCAUACCGAAAUUGGAAGAAAAGAUCCAAAAACUCAUCUCUAAUUGCAUCCCGUGCAUCAUAAAUAACAGAAAACGGGGAAGACAAGAAGGAGAAUUACAUCCACUAAGCAAAGAGGCAAUACCGUUACACACAUACCACAUUGACUACCUUGGCCCACUCGAAUCCACGAAUAAGAUGUACAAUCACAUUUUUGCUGUAAUUGAUUCUUUCACGAAAUUUUGUUGGUUGUAUCCAACAAAAACUACAUCAGCGAAGGAUGCAAUUUCCCGACUGCAGUCACAGAAUGUCAUUUUUGGUAACCCACUUCAUAUCAUUUCUGAUCGUGGUUCGGCCUUUACUAGCGAAGACUUCAAAACUUAUUGCGCAGAGGAAAAGAUAAACCACAUUCUUAUUACAACUGGUCUUCCUCGUGCGAAUGGACAAGUCGAAAGACUAAAUAGUGUGAUCAUCUCUGUCUUGUCCAAACUAAGCAUUGAUGACCCCUCCAAGUGGUAUAAAUUCGUUGGAAGAGUGCAGCAAAUCAUUAAUUCGACUUAUCAUAGGAGCGUUGACACCACACCGUUUGAGAUGCUUAUUGGAACCAAAAUGAAAACUAAAGAUGACAUCCAACUCAAAGAACUAGUAGAGAAGGAACUAGUAGCCGACUACGAUGAACAAAGAAACGAGAUAAGACGAGCAGCUAAACAACAAUUACUUGAGGUUCAAGCCGAAAACAAACGAUAUUAUGAUAUCCGACGUAAGCCGCCCAGACAAUAUAAUGUAAAUGAUUCUGUCGCUAUUAAAAGGACUCAGCUAGGAGGAGGUCUUAAACUUAGGCCAAAAUACCUGGGUCCAUACCAAAUUGUUAAGGUUAAGCAGAAUGAUACGUAUGAUGUAGUCAAAUCCAGUGAAUGUGAAGGCCCCAAACGUACUACAACAUGCGCAGAAUUUAUGAAGCCAUGGCCAGAUGAAAUUGAGGAUGAGCCUGAUGAGUAAGCCCGCAGGAUGGCCGAGAUGUAGGAGUGAAGUUGCGAGAAGUUUGCAAUAAUAACGAGUAGCUGCAGUUGAAGUUUAGAACAGAGAGCAACAUUAGUUUAAAAGAAGACGCCGCGAGCUUAAGACGUACGACGGAGCCCGUAUUCAUUUUUUUAUUACAAUAAUUUUAUUUGAACUCAAUUUUUCCAUAAACUAAACUAUUUAAUAUUAUAACUGUAUUUUAUAACAUACAUAUGUAUAUUUGAAAUAAAAAUUUAUAAAAUACCAUAUAUUAUAAUAAGAUUUCUCUUGAUUUUAUUUCAAUUAAUCGAGGUUGUCAUAGAAUCCAAUCAUAUUUUUAUUAGAAGCCAAAUUUUUUACAUUUUACAAUUUCGAACUUCAAAAUUUGGAAAAAUUUUGGAACAUUUUCAUGAAUUUGGAACUAUUUUUAAUGUAGUUUCAGAAUAUUAACGCUGUUAAAAUAGUCUCAAAGUCAUGAGGAUUCGUUAAAAUAUGAUUUAAGUUUUAAUUAAGAGCCAAUUUCUUAUAUUUUACAAUUUCAAACUUAAAAAUUUUGAAAAUAAUUUUUAAAUUUUCAUAAAUUUUAAAGUAUUUUCAAUGUAGUAUCAGAAUAUAGGCUUUUUAUGAAAUGUUCGAAAAUUCGAACUUAUGUUUGAAUGGUCUCUGAGUUAUAAGGAUU